AGGACACAUCAAAUUGUGGUAUUUGUCUUAAGGUUUAAUGAUUAAAAGUGACUCUCUUACGUAUCACGGUAGGGGGUGGGGUGGAGACUUCUGUCUGCCUCACAGCUGCCCAAUACACAUUCCCUCUCUGUCUGCCCCCUCCCCCGCCAUGCCCUCCCCCUUCUGGCUGGCACUUGGGGGAGGGAGCUGGCAGCUGGAAGCCGGAAGCCAGGAGCCGGUGGAAUAGUUUGCAGGUGUUCCCCCAGGUGACCCCAAUACCUCCCCCCAUCCACUCUUUAACCCAUGUUGUCAGGAAAGAAGGGUUGAAUUACCUGGCAGGACUGGCCACUGCAGGUAAUUAUGGCCUCUGAAGCAGCUGGAGGAGUUAUUUGUUUCGACCAGAAGCUGAGAGUGUUUGAUGCGGGAGUGAAAACUGUGGACCCCUGGUCUCUGGUCCUCAAGCACCUGCAUAAAUGGCUGGACAGGAGAGUUGUGCGGGCUUUGGUACAGCUCAGCAAAAUAAUUUUUACUGGUACUGGCAAAGCUGUGGCUUUGCAAUGGCUGGAAAUGGACCCAACCUUUAUUCUGCACCUGAGACCCCAGGAUGCACAGCUGGAACGUGGCUUCCACCCAAGGAAACCACAGCUCUGGCUGAAAACCAAGAUGAAGAUUCACUAGAAGAUCCAAACCUUCAUUUGAAUAUUGACGCGUCAAACGAAGAGUUUAUGGUGAAAAGCGAAGAACUCUAUGACUCGCUCAUGAAUUGCCACUGGCAGCCUCUGGAUACAGUUCAUUCUGAAAUCCCCGAUGAGAUCCCACACAAACAAAAUGUUCACCCAGCUACCCAGCUAUCACAUUAAUCCUAUCGUAUUUUGUCUCUGUUUAAAAAAAAAAAAAAAAAAAAAAAAAAAAGAAUCUGGAUUCUGUAGGUAAAUACAGAUUUCCAAGACUUACAUGUGGUUGACAUGAAAGCACAUACUCUGAAUAAACUUUUCCAGUGCAUUCA